AUGUACUUUCAUGGGGCCCGUUUUUCCAAUUAUGAAGCAUGGCUAAGUGAUCCUACUCACAUUGGACCCGGUGCUCAGGUAGUUUGGCCUAUAGUAGGGCAAGAAAUAUUGAAUGGUGAUGUAGGCGGGGGUUUCCGAGGAAUCCAAAUAACCUCUGGGUUUUUUCAGCUUUGGCGAGCAUCUGGAAUAACUAGUGAAUUACAACUCUAUUAUACUGCAAUUGGUGCAUUGAUUUUUGCAGCGUUAAUGCUUUUUGCUGGUUGGUUCCAUUAUCACAAAGCCGCUCGCAAAUUGGCCUGGUUCCAAGAUGUAGAAUCCAUGUUGAAUCACCACUUAGCGGGAUUAUUAGGACUUGGGUCUCUUUCUUGGGCGGGGCACCAAAUUCUAGCAAGAAUUAUUGCUGUAGGAUAG